AUGGAGAUCAAUCGGGCGCACGUUGUGGCAUCCGGCUUUCUGAUGCUGUUGGCAUCGCAGAUCGGCACCCGCAUCCUCACCUUCGCGAUCAACCUGCUAAUCGCUCGUCAUUUGACGCCGGACGCGUAUGGGUUGGCGUCCGUACAAUUUCAUCUGCUAAUUACGACGGCUCUCUUCAUCAGCAGAGAGGGCUUCCGAAGAGGCUGCCUGCGUUUCGGAGCCAGCGGCGGCGGGGCGGCAAGCGGCAAGGCGCCGGAAGAUGGGGACGGCGAGGGCGACGGCGCCGUCGACGACCGUGCCGUACUACGUUUGGCAUCGCUGACGGUGCCGCUGGGUGUCGUUGUCACCACCGCAGUGUGCGGCAUUGCGCUGUGGCGGCACGACUCCGCAGGGACUGCCUCCGAGGCCUCCGGCGACUCAGUACGGCAACCGGAGGUGCCGUACUACCGCGAGGCAGUCGUACUGCACGGCGUGGCAGCCGUUCUGGAGCUCAUGGGUGAGCCAUUCUACAUCUUGGCCUCCGUACACCUCAAGUUCGGCUCCCGCGUGGCUGUCGAGUUCGCGUCCACACUCACAAAGAGCCUCGUAACGCUGGGCCUCCUGUCAACCGCCACAACCACCACCCGCAACCAUAAUAACUACCCACAGUCACAUCAGCAGCAGCAGCUGCCGCCAGCUCUAAUUUUCAGUAUGGCUCAAUUGGCGAUGGCGGUUGUGGCGGCGGCUGGGUACUGGGCUGUGGGGUUAAGGCUGUUGAGGCGCCCGGGGCGGGGUCAGAAACAGCAGCAGCAGCAGCAACUGCGAGGACUGACGGCAGCUCCCGGAUCCAGAUCUGCAUCCAGAUUUGGAUCUAAUUUCAAAAGAGUUGAUGGCGGCGGCGGCUGGUUGUCGCGGUGGACGCCCCUGGAGCGGCGGGUGUUGGCCACGUCAGCGAUCUUCACCCUGCAGGCGGUAGAGAAGUUAGCCCUGGCGGAGGGCUCUAAGGUGGUCCUAGCUACCAUGGAAAGUGCGGUCAACCAGGGCGUGUACGGCUUGGUGUCCAACCUCGGCAGUCUGGUGGUACGGACGCUGUUUCAGCCGUUGGAAGAGGCGGCCUUCGCGGCGUUUUCCACUUGGGGCGCCGAUGCGAAAGCUGCGGCGGCGGCAGCGAUGGCGACGGCGGCGGAAGUUGAAUUGCAGGCUUCGCGCCUUGCGCCGCUGGCCCGCGCGCUGUCUCCCAUGGUGAAAGCGGUGGCGGUCCUGGGGAUGCUGGCGGCGGCGUUCGGCCCGUCGUACAGCUACGUACUGCUGCGGUUAGUGUACGGCGUACGGUGGAGUGAGACGGAAGCGCCUGUGGUGUUGGCGGCGUACAGCGUGUAUGUGCUGCUGCUGGCGCUGAACGGCAUCGGGGAAGCGUUCGUACAUGCCGUACUGAAUGCCCGCGGGCUACAGCAGUCUAACGCGUUGCUGCUGGUGUUCAGCGGAGCGCACCUGGCGGCAUGCGUGGCGUUUGUACGACAGUACGGCGCGCUUGGGCUUGUGUUUGCGGAUGGCGCCAACAUGGUGAUGCGCAUUGCGUACUCUGCUUGGUGCAUUCGCCGCUUUUUUCGGCCCCUGCCGUACUUCUCGCUCCGCCGGGAGCUUCUGCCGUCAACCGCCACGCUGGCAGCCUUCGCCGCCGCUGGCGUCGCCGCCGCCGCUUCCAAUCGUUUAUUAUUGUUAUCGGCGGAGCCAACGACGGCGGCGCACGGGAACGGCGGCGCCGCUGCCGCCGUCAUGCCUCAGCGCGUCUUCCUUCGCCGCGCCGCCGUGCACGUGGCGGUGGGUGUCGUACUCCUGGCAGGGCUUCUGGGGCUUAUGGCGCGUACGGAACGUGCCGUGCUUGGGCAAGUCAUGGAGAUGCGGCGGCGGCGGCGGUCGCAUGGGAAGAGGGAACCCGGCGGCGGCGGCGGCGGCGGUGGUGGUGGGGGCGGUGGGGGCGAAGGAAAGGAGGAGCAGGGGGUUGGCGGCGGUGGUGGCGUGGGCAAGGGAGGCAAGGACGAGUGA